ACACUUUUACAUUAUUCACUUUGGACGAACGAACGAAACGGCGACCGUUUUCUGCAGAAUACUGUGGCCAUGCCUGUAGUUCCAGUUGCAUGAUAACACAUAAGUAAAACGGAAGCUAAAGCAAGAGAUGCCCUUUAACAUCUACUAAGGAAAAGGUCGCUUUGGAAUCCAUAGAAAGUUCCAAAGCCGACAAAAGUCAACUAUAAAAGCCGGCCAUACAGCAUCUCACCAUCAAUCAGAAACAGUUCUGCUCGCUACAGUUAGAGUUCGUGAGAAUUGGAAAACCCCCAGAAGGACGCUCGCAAAGUUUCCACAAGCCCGCAAAAAACCUCAGUUUGUCGUUUGACGAACAUCGUUCCUUCCAGUAGACCCCUUCACUCGGCACACCACUAGCAAACGAAAGAGCCAUGGAUAACGUUAAACUGUUCAGUGUUCUGCUAAUUUGUGUCGCUUUGAUGUUGGUAUGCGAAGCCCAGCUGACUUUCACACCGGCCUGGGGUAAGCGGUCUCCCGGGUCGUUGACGCUUAACCCACUCAUCGGUAGUACCAGCUACGGGCAGGAUGCUUGCAAAACACCGGUCGAUUCCUUGUUGGUCAUUUACCGAAUGAUUCAAACCGAGGCGCAGAAGAUUGUGGAUUGCAGUCAGAAGUAAUCGUGCUGCAGGAUGUGGAUGCUCCUCAGCCGGCAUUGGGAUUGGCAAUAAACCAGCGAUUUCGACCAGCGGCAGGUUACUGAUUCCAUUUCAUGAUAUUUGAUUACCGCUCUUCGCUCUCUUCCUCUGGACUCGUACCGAUGGACAACGAACAGGCAAACCAAACCCAGACGACCACGACACGACCAUCAACCAAUCAUCAUUUAUGGUUCGCUCCUUCCCUAACAUCCUGCCAUCGUCGUAGCGAUACCGGCAGUGGUUGCCAGGAGGUUGCAAAAUGUAAAUAACGCUCGUGCUGCUAUCCGAUCGACCUACCACCGGGGCUCUUAUUCCGGGAUUCAGUGUAAUAGAAUAUAGAGAAGGAACAAGAAAAAAAAACAAUAAAAACACA